AGGUGUACUGCCACGUUGAUUUCGUACGAGCGGUAAAAAUGGUUGAACCUGUUUUACUUUGGGCCAAACUGCCGCUCAAUCACUGGCCAGCCUGUAUUUACUAACCAUGUUUACACUCACACUAUGUAUUGUGCCCAUCGUCCGUAGGUAAACUGGAUCUCAUUUCUCGCGUACGCAUCAGACCGCGUGUUAUACAACCUGUUUGUCUCGUGUACAGAGCCUCAUGGAUACCCUCGCCAAUGGACCUCUUAUGUGUUCCACCAGGUUAAAAGCUGCAUUCACAAAUCACCCGUGUAAGAGCCUCACCCGCUCACAAUGUUUCCCCCCUCUUUCAAUCCCGCUGCCCGACCUCCCUCCCGUAGUGGAGCAGCCAAGAAUUAUUUCCUCCCGGUCCCGUCCGGUUUCUCUGUCCAGGUCUUCAAGGCCCCGGCGAUGUCUGCACGUCCAUACGCGGCGAAAGUGGACUUAGACUACCGCCCUAUGGCACGGGCGGACUCCCAGUCCAGACAACAGUCCGGACACGUUUCACGCCAGCAGGAACCCACGAGGAAGCUAUUAAAGGCUCCUCCAGCCGAGGAGCCUAGCUUCGCGAAGCGAUCGUACGAGCACAAGCCUAGUUCCGGGAGAUACGCCAUUCACCCUGGACCUGUGCCCGACACAUACAUCUAUGAGCGUUCGAUGUCGUCCAAGUCUGAGUACCCGUACUCACCUUCUGAUGUAACGAGCGAAUGCGACUCUAUAUUCUCGGUCAACACACAGAUCUCCUCCGGCUCAUCGAGUAGCAGUGUCACUGAUAGCCCACCAAAUACACGAAUGCUUCAGAUCAGAGCUGCAUCGCCAAGCUCUGAGCACUGUCGUUCGCGUUCGCCCCCUUCGUACCACCACAGAAGUAUGACAACUUUCCCACAAGGGCAUGCGUGCCCUCAAUGUAAUGAAGCGAGUCCCCCGUCCAGAGCAUCAUCUAAUAAGGGGGACUAUAUCCCUUAUCCUUCACGUCCACUCCCUACGCCUCCAGUUGGCGCCAGAGUACGUAAGGAUAGCAUCCUCCUGGCGAGUGAACGGUCUAUGCCAAGUGAUACCCGCCAGCACUCGACAUUGCUCAAGCAUGGUGAACGCGUGCCAUUCCCAGCUCCGCCAGUGGAUGAGCAAGGGAGAGGUAGCACAGGCACGCAGCUGUCGCGCUCAACGUCCCUCAAAGGGAACCUCUCUAUUGCUAUCCCACCGCCUCCGGGUUUAGACUUAGUCCCCGGUGGACAUUACGAGUACCCUCCUUUGCAGGGACCCGUACUGGAUAAUGAACCGAUUUAUCGUCCACCAGGCGUGCCACAUCGCCGGAAUUUUGAUGGCAACCAGACACAGCCGCCGCGGUCGCUAUGUCCUAUUCCACUUGCACGAUCUGUGCGGUGGUGUGAUGACUUGAUAUGUCCAUCCCCUAUUUUCCCGGGUCAGAGAAGAAAGGGAUUCUUCAAUCGCAGAGGAGACCAACUCUGGCGAAAUGACGGUGCUUACAGGCUACCACCGCCAGGAGAGGCCUACCCUCCUGAUCUUGACGGCUAUCCCGAGCCCGGAGAGGGGUGGCAGAAUGAGGAGGGAACUCGCAUUGACAUCGGUCACCGUUUGAUACCAAAACCUCCCCUGCGCUCUGUAUUGAAGCCAACGAAUUAUAAGAGUCAGGAUGGUAUUAUCGCUGGUUACCUCACCGCAGUCCCCUCCUCACCGACCUCUGACGACGAGUGAAAAUCGAAUGUAUCAUGUGUCCGCUGCCCCAUUCGCUAUUUAACACGGACACUCUUCAAAGCGCACUUAUUGCCUUCGAUGACUCGCUCCU